UAGUGUUCCCCUAGAUCCAGAUGCAUUCCAAAUUUUUGGUGUCGGGUUUAGUCUGAAACAUUCAUUCAUUCGCAUGCGGCAGCAUAACACACAGAAAUCAAUACGCCAUUGACCCAACACAAGGGUACCCACCAUCUCCGUCCCCCCAACUCUUUUCCUAUUUGGUUCGUUCCCCUUCAUUUUACGUUUCUCGUUUUUCUCUCCUCUCCCAUCACUCAUCCCCUGAUACAUGCCGCUUACACAUGCUGUUCGGUGUCCGUAACACAGACUCUUCUUCCUCCAAUUGUAGGAUUGUUGUUUACGCUAUAUUCACACAUUACAAUUCAAUUGUGAACAGUUAGGUUUUUUGAAUUUAGAAAUGCAGCAGGAUUCUGCCUCUGAACAGGAACCCGAUGAUUCUGAAUCUGAACCCGAAUUUGUUGAUCUUGAUCCUUCCGGUCGUUACGGCAGGUACAAAGAGGUUUUGGGAAAAGGAGCUUUCAAGAAAGUUUACCGAGCAUUUGAUGAAUUGGAGGGGAUUGAAGUAGCUUGGAACCAGGUUAAAUUGGCUGAUCUCUUGAGGAAUGCUGUGGACUUGGACCGUCUUCAUUCUGAAGUUCGUUUGCUUAAAACCCUCAAGCACAAGAAUAUAAUCAAAUUCUAUAACUCGUGGGUUGACUCAAAGAAUGAGAAUAUCAACAUCAUUACUGAAAUUUUCACUUCCGGGACUUUAAGACAGUACCGUAAAAAACAUAAGAAGGUUGAUCUCAGAGCACUUAAGAAGUGGUCUAGGCAGAUAUUGGAGGGUCUCUCAUAUCUACAUGGUCAUGACCCUCCCAUUAUUCAUCGGGAUCUUAAAUGUGAUAACAUUUUUAUCAAUGGUAACCAAGGGGAGGUUAAGAUUGGUGACUUGGGACUCGCUGCAAUUCUUUGCAAGGCUCGUGCUGCUCAUAGUGUCAUUGGUACACCAGAAUUCAUGGCGCCAGAACUUUAUGAAGAGGAAUACAAUGAACUAGUAGAUAUUUAUGCCUUUGGAAUGUGCCUGCUGGAACUGGUGACUUUUGAAUAUCCUUAUGUUGAGUGUGCCAAUGCUGCUCAAAUAUAUAAGAAAGUGACAGCAGGAAUUAAGCCUGCCUCAUUGGCAAAAGUGAAGGAUCCAAGAGUUAAAACAUUUAUAGAAAAAUGUAUUGCGGAUGUUUCUGAGCGGUUGCCUGCCAAGAAACUAUUGACAGACCCAUUUCUCCUUUCUGAUGAGGAUUCUGGAAACGUUGGUCGAUCUUUGAGCUUCAAUUCCAGACAUGCAGGUAACUAUGUCAUCACACCUUUUCUAAAAUGUCCCAUCAUUUAUUUUUGUGGCAUCUUUACAGAUAUGUGUGCUGAUCAGUCUGAUAGUGGAAGAAGUACAAAAGACCCUUUGCCUGAAGGAGGCAGAGAUUUCACGGUGCAGGGCCAAAGGAAGGACCUAAAUACCAUAUUUCUUAAACUUCGAAUAACUGAUUCAACAGGUCAUAUUAGGAACAUUCACUUCCCUUUUGAUAUUGAAGUUGAUACGGCGAAUGCCGUUGCUAGUGAAAUGGUCGAAGAGCUGGACCUGACAGAUCAGGAUGUUUCAGCGAUAGCAGCAAUGAUUGAUUCUGAAAUUCGGUCAUAUAUCCCAGAUUGGGCACCAAGAGAAAGCUCUAGCAACCAAAUUACUGAUGAAGUUGCUCCUGACAGCCGUACUUCUGGAGUCCAAGAUGGUGCUCCUCCCUUAACAAUUGAUCCCCGAGAUGAUGCUCCUCCCUUAACAAUUGAUCCCGCUCUUUUGGGUAGUCUUGUGUUGGAAAGACUUCCUUCAGGUCGAAAAUACUGGUCUGAUUCACCGAAAACAGCCAGUAAUGGCAGCUCUCCACUAAGACCGGGGCCUUCAAACACAUCACAGACCGAUUCACCGACUCGUGAAGGUAGCUGGACGGAAGAAAAUGAAGAAUCACCUGUUAUCCUGAGAGAGGGAGGGAAUUCACAUUAUGAAUCUGAGACUUACAUUGAUGAUGAUGCCCGUGUUCACCGUGAUUCUUACUUUGGUGGCAAUGAUCAUUCUGUGGAUCCUAGUUAUGCAAGCGGGACUCUUUCAUCAGAGGAAAGAAAUAACAUGAUCAGCAACAAGUACUCAGCUGAUAUCAGACAAAUCACCAAGGAACUCGAGAAGCUGCUUGAUCUGCAGCAAAAGGAGCUAAAUGAUCUCAAGAAGAAACAUGACUCGGCUAUCUCAGAUCUUCUAAGCAAGCUUCCUCCUGAGAUCCGUGGCAUUUAUGAUCACAAAAUAUCUUCCCAUAAUUUGCAUUGCUGAUGUGACUGGCUCAAGUUGCUGUUUUGUCUUUUGUCACUCAACUGUGAGCAAUUCUUUGAUUGUGCCAAUGACCUGAUUGACCCUGAAAGGUCCCAGAGAUAUCCCGGAAUGCUGAAAUUAUUUAUUUUUGCUGACAAUGGUCACAUGCAAAAUUGAGAACCUAUGUUUACAUACAGAUUCAGCACUUGUCAAGGUUAAAAAUCAGUUCAGGGUCAGGAAUUGAGGUAAUAUUGAAAGAGGAGACAGGGAAGCAAUGUGCCGCGAUUGGUGGUUCCAUUUUCUUUGUUAGUUUUAGUGUACAAGUUUCGUAUUUGCUCGCAGCUUAUGCACAAUGCGUCUGCAAGGCAUGUUGCAGCUAAAAAUAGGUCCUUCAAUUUCAUGGAAUUGUAUACCGGUACAUAUUUACCUGAGUAUUUAGGUAUUGAAAUUAUGCAAGUUUCUUUAGUUUUA